CGUGGCAAUAUACUUUUCCUUUAUUGUGAGAUCAAUAUGCUUGGGGUGUGCAUGAGUUUUUAGUUAUCGUUUCCUUUGGACAAAUUUUGUAUAAAUGAUUGAUCAUUCUAUUGGAGUAGUAUACAUAGUAAGAUCACUUAUCAUAUCAUUUUAACUGUCAAGCCUCCUGCCAUCAUUUCAAAUAAUUGACAGACAUUGAGGAUGGCAAAAAAUAUUGUUUCUCAAUUACUAGCGGACGGCUUUAACUAUCCAAAUUGGAGUGUUUGCAUGAAGAAUUAUUUAAUGGCGAAUGAUCUCUGGGACAUUGUUGAAGCAACUACUGAAGCUCCUAAUCCAGAAGAGGCUGAAGCUGAAUUUAAGGCUUGGAGAAAGAAGAAUGCUGCUGCUUUACAUGCUAUUCAAAUAUCAUGCAUGCCUCACAUACUUUUCCAGAUUAAGGAAAUCAGUUCAGCAAGGAUUUGUUGGGAUACUUUGGCCAAAAUGCAUGAGGUAAAGUCACCAGGAGAUCAAAUACUGCCACAAGAAGCUGAAUUGCCACCAGUGGAAGUGCUAUUACAGCUACCAGCAGCAGGCAAUCCAGCAGGGACAGAGAGAGAUGCUUAUGUUGAAUUUCUUCCUCUACACAACGCUAUAGAGAUAGGUGAUUUAAAUGAUGUGAGAGAAUUCCUUCGCCGUCGUCCAGAUGCAGUAUGCAAAAAGCUUAUAGAUAAUGGUUUUACGGCACUUCAUCUUGCAACUUCAACCGGAAAAUUGAAGAUGGUGGAGGAGUUGGUCAAGUUGUUGACAGAAGAAGAGUUAAAAGUAACUGACAACCUUGGUGGUACAGCUCUUUUACUGGCUGCUGCUACUGGAGCCACAAGAAUUGCAGAAUGCUUGAUAGAAAAGAACAGGGAGUUGGUUAUCAUUCCCGGAAAUGAACACAACCUCCCAGUUAUAAUGGCAUGUACCUACCGCCAUAAGGAUAUGGCCAGAUAUCUAUACUCCAUCACUCCAUUUGAAUUGCUUCGUCCAGAAAAUGGAGUAUAUGGAUCUUUGCUUCUUUAUGCGUCUAUUUUUAGUAAAAUGUUUGGUAAUAGCCUGACGUCACUAGUCAUUUCCAAGCUUGAAAAACAAGGAUUUUAUCUAUUUAUUUUGACUGAUUUUGUUUGUUUCUUUUUGAUAAUGCUACAAAUACAAGACAUUUCACUAGAUCUUCUCCAGAAAUGCCCACCCUUAGCUACUACAUUAACCAGCAUACCUCAGAUUUUAGCUACUGAAUUUGGUCAGGGAAUCACACCUCUGAUUCAAUUAUCUGGUCAGAGUGAUUUAUUCCCCAGUAGUGUCCGAUUUGUCUUCUGGAAACGAUGGAUCUAUUCUUGCAUUCAGGUGCAACUACCUGCUGCCCAGCAUACUGAUGUUCGAAUAUCGAUUCCACAAGAUGGCCACGCGCAUCCUGAGAGCAUUUUAGUGCGAGGGCUAGGUCUAUUGCGAAGAUUUGGUUCAAAUUUACUUCAAUUGUUUGGAAUAAAGCAGAUUUAUGAUACAAAGUUGACCCACGCCUAUGCUCUUGAACUUUUACAUUGGAUGUGCAAACAUAUAUCCACUAUAGAUAACACAAAACUUCAGCAAAGUGGAGUAUAUGAAGCAUUCUUUGAAGCUAUCAAAUUUGGGACCAUUGAAGUUGUUAUUGAGAUGCUCAAAGCCAAUCCCAGUCUUUUAACUGUUUCAAACUUCAACUGCAGAGGCAUCCUUCAGUAUGCUGUUGAACAUCGGCAAGAAAAAAUUUUUAGCCUCAUAUACGCGCUUGAGACAAAAAAGCACUUGCUGAUCUCUUUAACUGAUUAUAAUCGAAAUAACAUUUUACACAUUGCAGCGAAGUUAGCACCUCCUGAUCGACUUGCGAGCAUUUCAGGUGCAGCUUUGCAGAUGCAAAGAGAGCUACAGUGGUACAAGGAAGUGGAAAGUAUUGUGGAUCCUUCAUUUCAAGAAAAUGUCAACAUGCUCCUUGAAAAACCUAAGGAUAUAUUUUCUAAUCAACACAAGCAGUUAGUGAGUGAUGGAGAGAAAUGGAUGAAGGAGACAGCAACAUCUUGCACAGUUGUAGGCGCUCUUAUCAUUACUAUCAUGUUUACAGCAGCAUUCACUGUUCCUGGUGGUAACUUUCAAGAUACGGGCUUUCCAAUAUUCUUACAUAGAAAAUCAUUUAUGACUUUUAUAAUAUCCGAUGCAAUUUCACUCUUUGCUUCCUCAACAUCAGUAUUGAUGUUCUUAGGAAUCCUUACGUCUCGGUAUGCAGAGGAUGACUUCCUCAAGUCCUUGCCCACUAAGUUAAUUAUUGGUCUUUCCACCCUUUUCAUUUCUAUUGCAGCCAUGAUGGUAGCAUUUUGUGCUACUCUUAUAAUAAUGUUUCAGGGAGAGCUAAAACUUGUAAUUCCAAUUACUUUAUUAGCUGGUAUUCCUGUCACCCUUUUCAUACUGCUGCAAUUUCCUCUUCUUGUUGAGAUAUUAGUAUCCACGUACGGACCAGGCAUCUUUGAUAAAAACAUGAAGUAUUGGUACUGAGCAUAGUAAACAAGGAAGUGAUUCCCUCUUCAACUUUUUGUGGGUUAGGAAAGCAGUAAUGGCUUCACUGUUGAAAUCUCUCUCUCUCUCUCUCUCUCUCUCUCUCUCUACUUCAUCUUAGUACCACUGCCAUGUUGUACUUUGUGACCAUAAUAAUUGUUCAAAUAAAAAUAGAUUUUGUCA